AUGAGUCAAAUUCUUCUUGUAAGGCUUCUUCACUUUUCUUCACAAAUAUUGGCUCAUGAUAAUUCGCUUACGACACUCAACCUUAUAAUGUCUUUGAACAACGUCAGAUGUAUGAUAAAUUUUUGUACUUCAACCAUGGUAUUUGGUCCAAAAGAAAGGAAAGGAAGUUUGGUUCUGAAUAUAUAA